AUAUCCUUCUACAUAUAUUCACAAUUUGUAGGUAGUACAAGAACUGAAAAAUAAUUUUUGGUUGCCAGUAUACCUGUAGUCGUUGCACUGAUCAGUCGAUAGUUUUGUGAUAAAUUAUUUCUCAAGUGAAUUAAAUUAUUAACCAUGGGACGUGAUUCUAGAAAGGUUUCAAGAGAACUUCGGAGUUCUGAAAAAAUUAAUAAGUCGCGUUCAGUCAAAAGAAAGAAUGUUUUUAAUCCGAAAACAGCCGAACGUGAUGAAAGUAUUCAGAGUACAUCUUCUAAAAAAUUAAAACAAAACACUGAAGAUGAUGUACCUGAAGACAGCAGUACUGAAUUUCGAAUAAUAAAUUUUAUUCAGGUAUUCACUGCAAUUUCUGCUCUUAUAAAAUGUAAAAAAUGUGAUGGAAAUGUAGUGUUUCAAACAGCAAGUACACGUGGGCUGGGAUUCAAAAUUGUAGUUGCAUGUAAUAACUGUGGAAAUGAAUAUAUUCCUUCCUGUUGAAAAUAUGAAAUCUGCUAUAAUGGCAACCUUUUAUCACUACGGCUCGAGUGAUGAAAAACCGAAUCAUGAUAUGUGUCCAAAAGGCGAAGAAUCUUGGUGCUCUUACCAGCGCGCUGAAGCAAGAGGAGAGCUUGAUACCUUUUCUCACGAUUAUUCUCCUUUACCUUCUGAUGUUUUAAAAGCUAUCAAGCCUAUAUACGAAGAUCUUAGUAAUGAAAAUUUACUUUCAAGAUGUGUAGGUGGAUUCAAUCAGAAUAAUAAUGAAAGCUUUAACCAACUAGUAUGGAAAAUAUGCCCAAAAACGGUAAAUACUAGUUUUACUAUCGUACAAAUAGCUGCAUACGUUGCUAUGUGUAUAUUUAAUGAGGGUAUAAAUUCAUUAUUAGUCUUGAUGAAUACACUAGGACUUAAUUGUGGGCCUAAUUCUCAUCGGUAUGCAGAAAGAAUGGAUGCUGCACGUAUCAAAGUAGCAGAUAAGCGCGCUAAUGAUAACACCCGAGAAGGUCGAUUGCAACGUAGGCACCAGCAAAUCGAUAUUUUGGAAGCUGCUAUGUCGGCUGAAGAGCUAUUAUAUGGUCCAGGAAUAGAUGACUCAGUAUGAAUCUCCAAGGACUUAUGAUGAUCACCGCAAAGGACUUCGGGAGGAACGGGCUCUACAAAAACAGCGAUAACUUUUUGAAUUAUUAAUUUUUUUUUUUGAAAUUUUCGUGAAGUCAAAUCGAAACGUGUUCUAAUAAAGCUAUGUUUUUAUUUUUGUCAAAUAAAGUAAUUAACUACAAAAAAAAAAUUAUUGAAAAUCAUCAUUUUUUCAUACCCCUGAGUACCCCU